AUGGCGCUGGCAGCGGCGGCUGCGGCGGCGGCGGCGGGGGUGAGCCAGGCUGCAGUGCUGGGCUUCCUGCAGGAGCGCGGGGGCAAGGUGCGCAACUCGGAGUUCGUGAGCCGCUUCAAGCCGCUGCUGGACGCGGGGGACCCGGGCGGCCGGGCUGCCCGCAGGAAAUGUUUCAAGCAAUUCGUCAACGAUGUGGCGGUGGUCAAAGAGCUGGACGGCGUCAAGUUCGUGGUGCUGCGCAAGAAGCCGCGCGCCUCCUUCACCCCACGGCCCGCGCCCCCGACGCCCUCCGAAGCCGCUGGGGACCCCCUCCCUGGGGACCCGCCGACCUCCGAGGCCCAGGAGCUGGAUACGGACCUUCCGGCUGAGCUGCCACUGCAAACUUCCUCAGAUGCAGCCGCAGCCCAGGAGCAUAGGUCUCCGUCCCCGCCGUCGGAGGAGCAGCCCCCAUCCCCGCCGUCCGAGGAGCUGCUCCUAUCCCCGCUGUCGGAGGAGCUGCCCCCGUACCCAGACCUGAAAGAAGCUGCCGCUGCCGCCCCCACCCCAACCCCUGCCCUGCAGUCCAGGUACACGCCCGCGGCCCCUCCACAGACCCCGGCUGCGCCCGAGGAGCUGCCCCCGCUCCAGCCGCGGAAGCCCUGCAUGCUGCCUGUCCGCUGCGUCCCGUCGGUGAUCCGGGUCCGGGCAGACGAGCAGGGACUGCGGCGCCAGCUGUCGGAAGAACCGGCGGUGGCAGCUUCGUCUCUGCUGCCCGUGCCCGGGGACUCCCCGCGGCUGCGGCGGCGACUCUCGGUGGAGGAGUCGGGCCUGGGUCUCGCACUGGGGGGCGGCCGGUCCCCUCACCUCCGGCGCCUGUCCCGGGCCGGCCCGCGCCUGCUGAGCCCCGAGAUCGAGGAGCUGCCCUCCACCGUCCCCCAGCCGCCGCCGCCCACCGUGCCCUUGGAGCCAGCCGAGCACGAGUGGCUGGUGAGAGCGGCCGGCGGCCGUUGGACUCACCAGCUUCACGGGCUGCUGCUGCGGGAUCGGAGCCUGGCUGCCAAGCGCGACUUCAUGUCGGGAUUCACCGCCCUGCACUGGGCGGCCAAAAGCGGCGACCGCGACAUGGUGCUGCAGCUGGUGGAAGUGGCGCGCCGCGGGGGAGCGCCCGUCGACGUGAACGCCCGCUCGCACGGCGGCUACACCCCCUUGCACCUGGCGGCCCUGCACGGCCACGAGGACGCGGCCAUCCUGCUGGUGGAGCGCCUGGGCGCGCAGGUGCUCGUCCGAGACCACAGCGGGCGGCGAGCCUACCAGUACCUGCGGCCCGGAGCCUCGUACGCGCUGCGUCUGUUGCUAGGCGACCCCGCCCUUCGCUGCCCCGUGGAGCACGACGGCCCGGCCAGGCGGCCUGUGCAGGUGGCAGCCUCCAUCCUUAGCUCCACCACCAGCGCCUUCCUGGGUGUGCUGGCCGACGACCUGAUGCUGCAGGACCUGGCCCGCGGCAUCAGGAAGUCCGGCUCCUUCAGUAAGUUCCUGGGCGCUUCCCCCAUGGCACCCCGCAAGAAGGCCAAGGCCAGACCGGGCCUCCCUGCCUUCCCUUCUGCUUCCACCCAGGCCUCCACCACGGGGUCCAAGCGCUGGCCAGGCACUGACAUCUUCCAGAGCCAUUAGCCCGGCGUUGUGUUACAGUCGCGGGUCUGGCCACUACUGCCCUGCCUGCCACCCCUUGGCAUCCGUAUCUGGUCCCCGCUGCCCAGUCUAACCUCCCACCCAUAUCCCCAAAUCUAGGCCUCACUGCAGUGCUGGGCAUGAAUUGAUGCCUGAAUCUCCUGCGGGUGUCAAAUCCUCAGAGAAUUCACUUCUCACUUAGAAAUUCAAUUCGGAUUUAUAACUGUUAAACCCUGGUUAUUAAGGAUGAAAAGUUCAAAAGGGCAACAGCUGGUCUGGUCCCUUAACUGAAUAAUUCAAUGUUUGUUAGUACUCUGUAUGCCAUACUCCUAGGCCAAAACCAAUGACAUGGUGUAAGUGACUUUUUAGGGUCAGUCCAUGUCAUCUGGUUCUGUGAAGUGUGAUGGUUGGCAAAUCAGUUGUAUUUUGUUCUUAAAUGAAGAGAAGAAUCUGUAUUUUAUAAUGGUCUGCCUUUUUUGAAAUAGUG